CACGUCAGCAGUGCCACGACAGACACAGUGCCACAUAAGCAUUGCCACAUGAGCAGUGCCAUGUCAGCAGAGCCACGUCAGCAAACAUGACGGGCCUGCCAGGGCAACUGGCCAAUGAGCCUAUUGCCGACUACAAAAAGCGUUUCCAAGCUCAGCUCGCUGCAAUCGAGGCUGAGGAACAACGCCAGCUGGCAGUCACGGCUGCCCAGCUACAGGCUGAAGAAGCGGCAACAACAGAGAAGCUGCGGCUACAGGCCGAAGCAGACGCAGAUGCCCAGGCUCGCCGGAGGGAAGCCCAGGAUCUGCUGCUGCGGCAUAAAGCCAACAGCAUCGACAGACUCAAGUACUGGCAUUUUGAACCGAACGGCGACGAGGCAACACUGGAAGAGCAGCAUAAGGAGUUCUUUGCCAAGCUCGUGACCAGGCUGGUUUACACAUGUAACCACCUGCAGUCCGAGCUGGCAAACCUUCAGCGGGCUGUGCGGAACCAUAAGACUCAACACGAGGAUGCCGCACGGGCACUGGAUGCCCGUGUACUGGACCUGGAACAGGCUGUACUAGGACCAGCUACUGGGGCUUCCAGUAGUGCAUCCUCUAGCCACCAACUGGAGGAACGCGUUGACCACGUAGUGGCAAUGCUAGGAGACAUAAGUGCCUUCACAGAGCCGGCCACCAUCAGCCAUCGGUUCGAGUUGCUGGACACCAAGCUCAGUCAGCAACAGCAGAUCAACCACAGCCACAACAAUAGCUCGGCGAGGCCAUACAAGAUGCUGACGGCCGCUCUCAGCCUCGCACUUGGUGAUUGUGAGCAGUACAACACUUUCGCAGAGAUCAUCAACAAGGCGAGAGAGAUCAUCAAGACCAACAGGGUGGCCGCACACGAGAAGUCAACGUGGCAGCCAACCUAUGUGGAGAAGGUACGAACUGGUCCGCGACAGCAACAGUUCGCUUCAGUCCAAUCGGACAGUGGAGAAGACUCAACGGCCACUCCAGCAUCACGUGAGGGAGAUCAGGUGGCUGCUGUCCAGCCGCGAAGCAACAAGCCUCGAGUGAACGGGAAGGCGAAACCAGCAUCGCAGGCCGGAAACGGACAGCCAGCACCACCAUGGGUCAAGUUCGGCUUGACCGAGGCCGAGUACAAGUACCGCAACCGUUACGGCUGCUGUUACUGGUGCAACAGCACCAAGCACAAGACCUCCAUUUGCCAAGAUCAUGCCAAGGAGGAUGUGCGGCCUCAUUCGGCCGCCUUGCUAGCGGCCUCCUACACAUCUGGGGAGGAUGCGCAUGUCGCAAGUCCUCGGUACACUUACAAGGAUUAUGUUGUCCACUUGGUCCCACCGCUGGACCAACCGCUCCACGUGCAACAAUCUACCGCAUGCACGGUUUCAUCACCAUCGGCAACCGAUUCGGCAGCUUCGCCGCUAUCUAUCGUCGGGGAUUCAUCGUCGUGGUCAAGACUUGAGGUGCUCGACCCACUGACGUUCACGGACUUCCAGUGGAUGCCCGUUCCCCAGACCGGAUGGUUGCCGAAACCACAUUGCAAUGUGCUCAUGGCACAACUGCGAGAUUACUUGCACACUGCAGUACCAGCUCCGUUGAUGGACGCCGAAGUAGAGGUUGUCGACCUUCAACCUUACAUUGCGAAGAUCGACCGCGAGUUCAAGACGCAACGGUACGACGACAUCGACGCACCAUUGCUAUAUGUACGCAUUCAGAUCGAAGAGGCGACCUGCAACGCCUUGAUCGAUUGCGGAGCAUCUCGCAACUACAUCAGCCAGGACUUCAUGGUGCGCGCCGGCCUUGGCCCACGUAUCCGGAGGAAGUCCCAGCCUACGCAAGUCACUUUGGCAGACGGUCAUACGCACAAGUGCAUCGACCAGUGCAUUGACGCCGUCCCCGUGUACUUUGCCCCUCAUGCACGUGAGGCGGUGUCCUUUGAUACUCUGGACACCAAAUUUGACAUGAUCUUGGGCAUGUCAUGGCUGCGAAGCGAGGAUCACCCGCUGCCACGUGGUAUCCGCCGCAAGCUGCGAGCAUCCAUCAUCAGAGACGACAUCGAGGAGAUGGGGGUGUGUUUUCUCCACGCCCUCCCGCACCGAGACGCUUCAUCGACGGACUCAUCUUCGGAUCCACGCAUCACCGAACUUCUCGACGCCUACAGCGACGUGUUCGAAGGACCGCACGGAGUAGUACCGGAUCGGCCCAUCCGCCACGAGAUCAUCCUUGAGGACGGGGUCGUACCUCCGCACGCCUGCAUCUACCGAAUGAGCGAGGAAAAGUUAAGAGUGCUUCGUGCACAACUCGAUGAUCUUCUAGAGAAAGGCUCGAUUCGGCCUAGCUCAUCGCCAUACGGUGCUCCUGUCCUCUUCAUCCGGAAGAAGAACAAGGACCUGCGGUUGUGCAUCGAUUAUCGCAAGCUCAACGCGCAGACGAUCAGGAACGCCGACCCUCUCCCACGCAUCGUCGACCUUCUCGAGCGAUUGGGCGGCGCCCAGUUCUUCUCUAAGCUGGAUCUCAAGUCACGGUACCACCAACUCGAGAUUCGCAAGGARGAUCGCUACAAGACCGCGUUUAAGACACGGUAUGGGCAUUUCGAAUGGCUGGUCAUGCUGUUUGGCCUUACGGAUGCCCCAACCACUUUCCAAGCGGCUAUGACAACGGAGUUCCGACACAUGGUGGAUCGGUUUGUACUCAUCUACCUCGACGACAUCUUGGUGUAUAGUCGGAGUUUGGACGAGCAUGUGGAACACCUGCGCACCGUUUUGGAUCGGCUACGACAAGCCAAGUACAAAGCAAAUCGCGACAAGUGCGAGUUCGCACAGCAGGAGCUGGAAUACUUGGGACACUAUGUGACGCCGCAAGGCAUCUGUCCGCUUGCGGACAAGAUCGAGGCCCUACGAGUAUGGCCCGAGCCCACCAACACCAUGGACGUUCGUUCAUUCAUGGGAUUGGCCGGCUACUAUCAGCGAUUCAUCACCGGAUACUCCAGGAUUGCUGCACCUAUGACGAGGUUACAGUCACCAAAGGUGCCGUUUGUAUUCGAUGACGCUGCACGCCGGUCAUUCCAAGCACUUAAGACGGCUAUGCUCAUGGCACCCGUCCUUAGCAUCUAUGACCCCACCCUGCCGACGCGAGUGACUACGGACGCUUCCGGCUAUGGCAUUGGGGCAGUCUUGGAACAACACGAUGGCGAYGACUGGCACCCUGUGGAGUAUUUCAGCCACAAAGUGCMUCCCAUCAACUCGCUUGAUGAUGCAAGGAAGAAGGAGCUGCUCGCAUUCGUCAUGGCUCUCAAGCGAUGGCGGCACUUUCUCCUUGGGCGUCGUAGGUUCACAUGGGUUACGAACAACAAUCCAUUGACCUACUACAAGAUGUAGGAUACGGUGAGCAGCACGAUCG